UGACUAGACAUAAUAAGAAUCUUGUAGGAAAUGGCUGAAAAGGCUUUGGGAAGGAAAUCUUGUAGCUCUUCAGAGAAUUUGACAUGCCCAGUUUGCUGCGACAUCUUCGUCGAGGCAAGCAUUCUUCCGACAUGUGGGCACACUUUCUGCCGCGUGUGCAUAAAGAAACACGAACAGGCCUAUCCAAAUGAUGAUUAUAUGUUGUGCCCUGUCUGCAGGAAAGAAAAUAUGUACACUUCAAGCAAACCUUCUGAUAAUUUCCCUCCUAAUGUGGCGGUCAACGGAUUCGUUGAUGACUACCACAAUGACCACCGUUCUAAGAGUGAAAUACGACUGGAAUGCACAGAUGAUAGACAAUACGAGGGUAUGAUGCCCUUUUGAAAAACCUGCAAAACUUCCUUGUGUGGGAAGUGUCUGAAGAUGCAUCAAGAGAUGUCUUUUCUUUUUGGAGGUCAUGAGAUUGAACAUAAGAAGAAGAGAUUCCAGCCUACAGAUGAUCCCGUUCUUGACUUCAGGAGCAUCUCAUUAUCAAAUCCCAAGUUAGAAGUCAUUCGGUGCGUAGAUCUAAGGGCAAUAAUGAGUGGAAUGACCAAGUACUCUGAUAAUAGGGUGGGUAUCGGAUAUGGAGAUGUAAAUGGUAUAGAUAUCAUUGAUUCAGCUGGUAGAACGCAACCAUACCGGAACAUACCAAGUGACUGGGGCUAUGGGGAUCUUGUCUUUCUCGAAGGCAUGUCACUAUGCGUAACGACGGGAACAGGAGAUGACGAGAAAUACAUACGUGUAUACUCUUCCAAAGGAUCUGAGAAACCACCCACCCGCUUUACAGGCUCUGGCGUUCUCGGCCUAAACAGAGGCACAUCAGAUGACAUCAUCGUUACUAACGAAGGAAACCAUGUCUACAUUUUUGACCCUAUAGGACAAACACUCAAACACAUUGUUCAAACAAGACCCAAGACCGGUCAUGCAUCUGCCAGCAGCUCUGGUUUGAUCAUCGCGAGUUCAUGUUAUUUCUCUCCAAGCGUGGUGACGGUCUAUGACAAGGAUGGGAAUUCUGGUGAGUCUCUACAAGCUCCAGAGGAUGUCCACCUGUAUGCUGCCGUGGAUAAGCAGGACAGGGUGUAUGUAGCAAGUGCUAUGAAGAAUGGUGAAUUGGUGAUCAGGCUCUAUGACAUUGAUGGUCUAAACCUGAAGGAAAGAGUUGAAUUCAAAGCGCUCAAUUUGAAAGUGAUGUAUCAAUCGUGGUUUUACCUGGUUUGCCUCUCACCUCAAAUGCUUGCAUUUGCUUUUGAGCGUACGUUGUAUUUCAUCACAGUAUCAUUGUAAUAACAUGUAUCUCAUUCUAAUUGAAUUUUCAUUGAAUUAGACAAUACACACCAUCAUAGACCAACCCCUUCCUUCGCACGUUUUAAAAUAUUUUUGCUGUGAUCCUGUACUGUAGUGAAUGCAUGUAUUCAUUUCUGUUAGAUGAGUAAAAGAAGGAUAAAAUUUGUUUAAAUGAAUCAACGGAAGAGAAUACUGGCUUACAAUAGCCCCCCCCCCCCCCCUCUCUCUCGUGUCAGUGUGGUAUUGUAAAGGAAGCUUUAUUAUAACAUAGUUUGUUAAAGGUCAAGUCCACCU